GGAGGGCACCAUGGACGACAGGGGUGAGUAGGCUUGACUUAGCAUAUCGACGGGAGGGGUGCUGGAGCAAUUGGUAAGGUGGUUGACUCUGGGAUUCUCUCAGCACUUGGGGUCGAGAAUAAGAAGAGAAGGACCUUUCACUAUCAUUCGAAUUAAUUGAAUACUUUAAGUCUCAAAUGAAAGAAGAUCCUGACAUGGCCUCAGCAGUGGCUGCCAUCCGGACUUUGCUGGAGUACUUGAAGAGAGAUAAAGGGGAGACACUCCAGGGCCUGAGGGCGAAUCUCACCAGGGCCAUAAAAACCCUGUGUGGCGUGGACUCCUCCGUGGCCGUGUCCUCAGGCGGGGAGCUCUUCCUGCGCUUCAUCAGCCUUGCCUCCCUGGAAGACUCGGAUUACUCCAAAUGUAAAGAAACCAUGAUUGAGCGGGGAGAGCUUUUUCUCAGGAGAAUAUCACUGUCGAGAAAUAAAAUUGCAGAUCUGUGCCAUACUUUCAUUAAAGAUGGGGCGAGAAUAUUAACUCACGCCUACUCCAGAGUGGUCCUGAAAGUCUUGGAAGCAGCUGUGGCGGCCAAGAAGCGUUUCAGUGUGUACAUUACUGAGUCACAGCCUGAUUUAUCGGGGCAAAAAAUGGCCAGAGCCCUCUGCCACCUCAACGUCCCUGUCACUGUGGUCCUGGAUGCUGCUGUUGGCUAUAUCAUGGAGAAAGUGGAUCUUGUCAUAGUUGGUGCUGAAGGAGUUGUUGAGAACGGAGGAAUUAUUAACAAGAUCGGAACCAACCAGAUGGCCGUGUGCGCCAAAGCACAGAACAAGCCUUUUUAUGUGGUUGCAGAAAGUUUCAAGUUUGUACGGCUCUUCCCACUAAACCAGCAAGACGUCCCAGAUGAAUUUAAGUAUAAGGCAGAUACUCUGAAGUCGGCGCAGAACGGACAAGACCUCAAAGAGGAGCACCCGUGGGUGGACUACACCUCCCCCUCCUUGAUAACACUGCUAUUUACAGACCUGGGCGUGCUGACGCCCUCAGCAGUCAGCGACGAGCUCAUCAAGCUGUACCUCUAACCACUGGAGCCUUUCCUGCCAGCGUACCGCUGCUGUAGUUGGGGCAAGGUGAGUAGCCUCUUGACCCCACGGUGAGCCAGGCCAAAAAUGAAUUGUUUUUUUAAUGAAGAUCUAUGGACUAAGGAUUUAAAAUCAUAAAUCUUGGAGAACCUUUUUUUAUUCA